AUCAAUCCAGUGCACACCUCUUGCCUCCGCCCCUCUCCCCCUUAGGAGCGCACCUCCUCCCCCUCCUCCUGUGCCAACAUCCCCUCUGCAUCCCGCAGAGCUCUCGGCCACGGGAAAACAUCCCCCCCAAAAUGGAGCUCCUGAAGCCGAGGGAGGACUAACGCAGCGUCCGCUAAAGGGGGAGUCAGCUGGCUCGUCAGCCAGCUGAUAAGAAGACAGUGAGAAUAGCAGAAGCUGGAAGACUGCCUGGCCUCAUGUCAGCCCCUGCUCCAGCCAGUCGGAGGUCUGCAUCGAGCUCCCGCCGGCGGUCUCCUGCAGGCCCCAGCAACAGGGAUCCUCAUGGUAAUGCCUCCCUCAGUAGCAGCAGCAACUCUGGCUCUUGUAAAGGCAGCGACUGCAGCCCGACCAAAGGACGUCACCAAAAGUACAUCUCAUGUACAGACAACCAUGGUAUUCGGCCCCCGCCACCAGAACAGUACCUCACACCUCUGCAGCAGAAAGAGGUGUGUAUCCGGCACUUGCGGGCCAGGCUAAAAGAAACCAUCAACACACUGCAAAACAGGGACACAGAGAUAGAUGAGUUGAGAGAAAAGCUUUACAAAAUGCAGGAGGACUGGGUGGAGGAGGAGUGCCACCGCGUGGAGGCUCAGCUGGCCCUGAAGGAGGCGCGACUGGAGAUCCAGCAACUUAAACAGGCCGUAGAUACGGUCCGCGACAGGUUGAGCGAUGCCGGGGGAUUCAGCGGUGACAUCGGGGUCCAAAAGUAUUUUCAAGACAUCAACACUCAAAACCACAAGCUCGAGAACCUGCUGCUCAACAUGGAAUUAGCUCAGGUGGGAUUAGCCAAGGAUGGGGAAGCCAUAGCAGGCCGUCGGACCCGUGUCGGGGGUUCGGCGCCAGCGUCAGUGUCUGGGGAAAGUCCAGGCGGAAUACCAAAACCAGCAAUAGGAGGAAGAGGUUCUUGUUCUUGUGAUGCAUCGCCAGCUCGUUCUCUGACCCGUAGCUCCACCUACACCAAACUGAGCGAUCAAGCGGCAAACCGAAAUGGCAACAGCGCCGAUUUUCCUGGUCUUUCAGCUGAUGGCACUCAGGAUAGUGGCUUUGUAUGCUGUGGGGAGAGCAACAGUGUGCCGAGCCGGGCUGACUUGCUCCUAGAGGCCGCCUUCCUCUCGGAGGAAACUGCUUCAUUGCUCAACUCCUACGCACAAACCUUUUCCCGCGCCACAUCCAACUCUUUACCUCACACAUACUCCCAAACCUUACCUCAUUCUUUCCCUCACAACCUGUCGGUGCCCCACACGAUGCCGCACUCGGCCACCUAUGAGAAGCUGGGCGAACGCCAGUCAACAUUUCGUUGCGGUAUAGGUGGAGGCGGCUGCAUGAGCCAUCCCUGCUUGUCACACCACCUGUACCUACAUCCCCUACGCGAGACGGGCAUUCAGACCGAGAGCUGUCCCAUCCCAGCGACAUCAGGUUGCCCAUCAGACUUGGAUACCAUUGCUGAACAACGUACCUUCAGAUCCCAGGCCUGCAGCCCUACUUCCACGUGGAUGUCCGAUGAAGGAGAGGAAGAUAUAGACUCCAUCACCACCACCACUUCUCUAACCAGAUCAACUGUCAGGAGUGCGGCCACAGAGCCGAUUCCAUCCUCCAAAUUGCCACGGGUUAAUUCCAUUCCGCGUUCUGCCACUGUGGGCUGUUCCAUGGAGAGCCCUUCAUGUGAAGGGAAGGAGGGCAUGAAGGAAGAUACAGAGGAAGAAUCUGCUGCAGUGGACAAUCAGGGUGAAGUACAGGAACAAUCAAAGGACGUUGCACUGUGCAGUUCAGCAGAGAGAAAGGAAGGCCUUUGGAUUGUAGAGGACAGACCGUUUGGGAAAUCCCUGGAAACAGCCAACAGCAAUUGCAUCCGGGAAGCAGAUGGCCUAAUUCAGACAGAAACACCAGGACUAAGCCCAUGUAGCCCAGAAUCCCCACAAGGUGAAGAGCAACCUCACACCUCCCAGCCAAAACGAGUUGUUCCCCACGAGCAGGGGGCUGGUGUCGGCAUUGUUUUGGGAGUGCACGACAGCGAGGAUGAUGAGGAGCCCGAAACCGAAGAGCAAGGCGAUCAAGGCAGUGCUUCAGCAGAAGAGGAGGCAGACUCCGCCUCGUGUUCCGAGCCAAUACAGAAAAGCUACUGGAGUCGUCACUUCCUAGUGGAUCUGCUGGCAGUGGCGAUCCCCGUGGUGCCGACAGUGGCGUGGCUGUGCCGGGGUCCGGUUCGAGACGGGCAGCCCAUAUACCACUUUGGGUCACUGCUGAGAGGCUGCUGCACUGUGGCUCUGCACUCGCUGCGCAGGGGUGGGGGGUUAAGGCAUUACCCCGCGGGCGGGGGGGACCUUGGUGGAUCUCAGAUGUGAGCGUAGUUUCUUCUAAAUUCCCUCCAUUAGGAUGUUCAACCAUCACCAUACGGCUUUUAAUUAGAAAAGGUCUGGUGACACAUAGUGAACAUCCCGCCUUGAAGGAUAACUUUGGAAAGAGCUUAUGUGCAUUAAGUGAAGUGACUGGGUUGUCCCAAGCACUCGUCUGAGGCAAGGAGCUGAAUGUGCUGAUUGAACUGAAUGAUCAAUAAUUGGAUGUUGAAUGCUGAUUGUUUCGUUUUUCAAAUGCAGGGAAAACUUUCAAGGUUUGUUGCUUGCUCAACAUUGCAGACUCACCGAUGACUGGAACUAGCACUUUGUUGGAUAUGUACACAAAAUACUCUUUGGUGUAUGUUCAAGGACCUGUAUCGUCUCCUGUAGACAAACUAAGAUUCAUUCAUUGAGUCAAACUCAAAAACUCAUGUCUCUCUUGUGCUUAAAGUUCUUAACAAUUCCAUUUCAGGUAUCAUAAAUGGGCUUUCAGUAUCCCAUCUUUUGUGUCUUUUGUUAGCACCCUCAAACUCCAAGUGUCCAGUUUUGUACAUAUAUAUUUUUAUUUAAGCCUUCCUACCCAAAUGCUUUCAUUCAUCCAUCAGUUUUCUCUGCUCAUCAGAGUCACAAGUCAGCUGGAAUCUAUCCAAGCUGACUUUUGGUGAGAGACGGGGAACAUCCAGAACUUGUCACCAGUCAGGCAGAGUCCCCAUAUGCUUCCAUUCCAAACCAAACUUGCACCUUCAUAUGACAACCCUUUCCCUCACCAACAAGUUACUAAAUGUAGAUACUAGCGAGCUGGCACAUCACACACUGGCUCAAUUUGUCUCCUACUGUGGAACACUCUGCUGUACAGAUCUCAAAGUCCUGUUGUCUUGCUCAACUGUCAUGUACCCUCCACUUAAGAACAAGUUUCUUCUGCUAUGCAUUGUACUAGUAGACAUAGAAUAAAAAUAACCAUUGCACUUGUAGACAGAGGUCCCUCGGAGGUGGAACACAAUCCAUUUGUUCAGGUUUGAAAUUGUCAGUGCAAAAAAAGUUAUAUUAGUAACUUGUGUGAAUGGUAAAACUUACAAUAAACACAAAUACAACCAAA